AUGGGUUUGAAUGUGAAGGACAUUCAACUUCGUUUGUGCAAAGUGGUUCAGCUUUCAUCUGAGUCUAGUUACACAUUUCUACAAAAGCAUCCAUUGGUUUCAGGUGCUUUGUUGGUCUGCUUCAUCCUAUAUAUAUUCCUCUCUUAUAUUUAUAGCUUCUUUGUUUAUAUGUCCCCUUUUCUUUUGUGUGGUGCUAUUUUUAUAAGAAUCUUUUGGAGUUCUGAGCAAACUCAGCUCAGAUAUGUCAAAAAGGAGAAGGAAAAAGGAGAGCAGAAAAGGGUUGAAACAAAGUGUCCAGAGAUACCAAACAAUGGAAGACAAUUGCUUUAUAAGUAUCCAUCACAGAAUGCCACAAGUAGGAGGAGAAAUUUUACAGGCAAGAAAUGGGAUGUAUAUGGUGGUUUAGAAGAAAAAGCCAAGGAUUUAUCAGCAGUUUUCCAUAAUGAGUUCACUAAAAGAACCACAGAGAAAGGAGAGAGUUCUUUGAAUUAUGGAUUGUCAGCAAAAAGGUUUCAGGCUCCUAAAAGGCAAACCUUAAGAUCUGAACCUUCAAUGGUUGACCUUGUUGAGUAUGGUGGUUCAGAGAUAGAUUCAGAAAAGAUGGAGAAUGGAGAUGAUGAGGAUGAGGAAGAAGCACAAGAGGAUAGGAACAAAGCUAUUGAAUGGACAGAAGAUGAUCAAAAAAACCUUAUGGAUCUUGGGGUUUCAGAGAUGGAGAGAAACAGAAGGCUGGAGAUUCUCAUAGCCAGAAGAAGAGCAAGAAAACUAUUGAAGCCACAUCUUUAUAAUGGUCUAAAUGAUAAAAAAUCAAUUACACGAAGUCAUAUUGCACCAGUGCUUACCAGAAGAGGCAAUCUUUUUGAUUCUCCAAAGGACUUUGAAGGGUUUGAUGACUUAGAAAUGCCUGGUUCUGCCCCAUCUAUGAUUCCAAAAAGUCCAUAUGAUAUUCCCUAUGAUCCUUCUGAGGAGAAACCCAACCUCACUGGAGACAGUUUCCUUCAAGAAUUUACAUGUCAACAGAAGGACAUGCCAUUCUGCAGACAUGAAAGCUUCAGUUUAGGACCCCUUUUCCCAUCAGAAACCAAACAAGAUCAUGAAGUUAGAGAGCCUUAUUCCUCUAAUAAUGGGAGGAACAGGCCUGCAUACUCAAGAUUCAGAAGGAUUCAUGCAGAUAAGGGAAAUCAUGACUGGCUAAUUGACACGUUGAACUACAAUGAAGGUGGUGAAAGUGGACUUCAAGCACCCAAUUCACUAAGAAAAGGAGAGGAAACAACACAAGAAGAGGAUGGAAAAUGUAAAGCUGAUAUGGCUGAAGUGAAAGAUGAGAAAGUGGAGAAUGCUCAUGAAACAAAAUCCAUGUCAGAUCAGGCAAGUGAUCCAAGCUUAGUUCCAAACAUCUCAAAUGUUCCAACAGCUAGAGUUCCAAGGUUUCCUACCCCUCAUGAGAAGCUCCUCAAGUUACCAUUUCCUACUACUACAAAUGAAUCUAUGCUUGACACAAUUCCAUCUCUAGCUGAUAAGAGACAAGAAAAUAUGUUUUUAACCGAUAGGCGCCUUUGUCACACCCCAACAUAUUCCAUAGCUUCUGAUUUACAAGUGGAGGUUUCUGACGUUGGUUCACUAGCAUCAACAGUUGAUGAAGUUGGUGAAACCAAUUCAUCCACUGAUAGAGAAUCUGUAGAAUAUGAUGGGGACAUUGAUAGAGAUGUUAGUUCUGGCAGUGAAGAGUUGUGGGGAGCCUCCUUCCAUGGAAGAGGAGAAGCGCAUGGAGUUAGAAAUGAGGAGGAAAUUGCAGAAGUAAAUAACAACUCAAAGGAUAUUGUUUCAACACUCCUUACUCUAAGACAAAUAGAUGAAGAAAAUGUAGCUGAUGUGAGCUCAUUGUCCUCAAGAUCUGAUAUGCCUGAAGAUACUCCAACUUGUGCAAUAAAUAGUGCUCAUAACAUCUUUGGUUAUAUGAAAUAUACUGUGGGGGAAACUGAAGCGCCCCAAUCUUCCCUUUCUUCUUAUACUGUGGAUCAGUUUCCUAAUGAAAUACAAUCAGAACAACCGGAGGAAUGGUCCAACAUGUCAGAGAAUUUAAUAAAUGAGGCACAUGUUACCAAUGAUGUGAAUAACUCAGCAGCCACAGAACAAGAUAACACAGAGAACUCAAGAACUAAUGAAGAUCCUGGCAUAUCAGUUGUGAGGCAAGAAUCAAUUGAUGAAUCUUCUAUCCACUCAAUUUCAUCAUCACCAAGAUCUGUAUUACCAGAGAAGACCAUAGCAGAUGGAAUUACAUCAUCAGCUUAUGAUCAAGAGAUGAAUAUAGAUGCUGAGCAAUCUAACAUGGAGGAUAUGACCCAAGAAACUUUAAAUGGUGAACGUCCACCUGACAUCUUGCCUCAAAAUAUUCAGUCUUUGAUGGAUGAUACAAAUGAUGAAUCACAAAAUGUUGACCUCAAUCAUUCUCGGGAGCAGGCUAAUCCCCCAGAGAAUUCCACUGAAGAAUCAAAUAUGUUUGGCAAGUUGAAUGGUGAAGAAAUCUGCGAUAAGGAAGAGCAAGAUAAGUUAAAGAAUGACGAGAACAGUGAAGACAGUUCAAGACACCUAAUUAGACAAGAGGCUACUGCAGAAUCCACCACACUAAUAAAUGAGAGGACAACUAUGGAAGUUAUGAAUGAGAAACCAAGAGACUCAGUGAAUGAUAAACAUACAGAGCUGGUUGAAGGUGAUAAAAGUGACCAACCAGAAAAUAGUAACAUCCAUGAGAACUUGCCACAACCAAGGGUCACUGAGCCAAUAAUUCCAAGCAAAGAAGCAAAUGAGGGUCAUGCAGAGGAUUCAUAA